AUGGGACAACAAAAUAUGGGACAAGGAUAUAUGCAACAAGGGAAUAUGCAACAAGGGAAUAUGCAACAAGGAAAUAUGGGACAACAAACUAUAAGCAGUGGUACUUGUGGUGAUCCUAUGAUGGAUAUAAAUAAUUAUAUACCAGGUGGAUAUGAUUCAAUAGGGUUUGGAAAAGCUAGUUGGCAAUAUAGUCCAAUGGAUUGGGGAGGUUGUAAUUCAUUAAACACAUUAAAACUGAGUCUCUUUCCAAAGGGAGAUCAAAAAUCACCUCAACAAUUCCGGUUGCAGGUAAGAGAGAUGUGUUGUGAUAAAAAAUGUGCAGAAAACUCUUUACCUAAUGUUGAUUGUUUGUAUGGUCCACCUGGUAAAGUAUUAAAUUGGAAUACAUAUUGGAUUGAUCCAUGUUUCAAUUUACCAAGAAAUCAAACAGCUGUUACACAAACUCAAACACCUGUUACACAACCUCAAACAUCACCUGCACAAAUUCCAACAGGUUCUGUUUGA